AUGAAUGUCACCCGUCUAGAUGCUGUUGCACCAUUCCCAGAUUUGAUUGAUUUUCGGCGGAAAUAUAUUGAAAUAAACUCGAGAUCUGACUUUCUUACAGUACUGCAAAGGGAAGACCACGACAAUGGGCUGGAUGCAACUUUGGAUGAUGAGGUUUCUACACCAUUAAAGGCUCCAAGUGUUUCCGUUGAACCUGCUGUAACCAAGAGUCCAAACGGGCUCGUUGACCAAUCCGAUGUGACCAAGAUGCCGAACGAGGAUCCGAGUGGAUAUGAAAACCGUCUCGUCCAUACUGCUGUGAAUAAAAAUCCGAUCCAUUUUGGGAACUUACCGUCGGUAGUGAUUAAGUCAGUCAUCCCUCUCUCUCUUCUGUUACAGGCGGCGUAG